GGAGAGAGAGAGAGAGAGAGAGAGAGAGAGAGGCAGGCAGGCAGGCAGGCAGCUUGCGUUGGACAGAGCUUUCUCUUCCAGGCUGGGUUUUCACAUGCUGAUCCGCAAAUAAAUAAAUAAAAGGAAAUAUGCACACGAGAAGCCUGAUCCCAUUGUAAUUUCCAUUGCCAAGGGGGAAAAUAUACACAUACAUAUAUAUAUGGAGAUGCAUUGAUUGCAUGGAAUUCAACAAGCAAGUGGGGGAUUCGGCGAAGGAAGCUCGUAACAUGGCGGACACCGAGGAAGGCUUCGGGCUCCCGAGCACGCCGGUUGACUCGGAGGCCAAGGAGCUGCAGGCUGAGGCCAAGCAGGAUCCCCAGCUGGGGACCACCAGCAAGGCCCCCACCUCUCCACAGGCGGCCUUCACCCAGCAGGGCAUGGAGGGGAUCAAAGUGUUUUUGCACGAGCGGGAGCUGUGGCUGAAAUUUCACGAGGUGGGGACGGAGAUGAUCAUAACAAAGGCUGGAAGGCGUAUGUUUCCCAGUUACAAAGUGAAGGUCACUGGACUCAAUCCAAAAACGAAGUACAUACUGUUGAUGGAUAUUGUACCAGCGGAUGACCACAGAUACAAAUUUGCAGAUAAUAAAUGGUCCGUGACCGGGAAGGCAGAACCGGCCAUGCCCGGCCGCCUCUACGUGCACCCCGACUCCCCCGCUACUGGAGCCCACUGGAUGAGGCAGUUGGUUUCCUUCCAGAAGCUCAAGCUCACCAACAACCACCUUGACCCCUUCGGACAUAUCAUCCUGAACUCCAUGCACAAAUACCAGCCCCGGCUCCACAUCGUGAAGGCGGAUGAGAACAACGGCUUUGGCUCCAAGAACACUGCCUUCUGCACCCAUGUCUUCCCCGAGACUGCCUUCAUCGCUGUUACCUCCUACCAAAACCACAAGAUCACUCAGCUGAAGAUUGAGAACAACCCCUUCGCAAAAGGUUUCCGCGGCAGCGAUGACAUGGAGCUCCACAGGAUGUCCAGGAUGCAGAGUAAAGAGUACCCAGUUGUUCCCAGGAGCACAGUGAGACAGAAAGUGUCCUCGAAUCACAGCCCCUUCAGCGGUGAGACCAGGGUCCUUUCCACCUCCUCCAACCUGGGCUCCCAGUACCAGUGUGAGAACGGGGUGUCAAGCACCUCCCAGGACCUGCUGCCGCCCACCAACCCCUACCCGAUCUCCCAGGAGCACAGCCAGAUCUACCACUGCACCAAGAGAAAAGAUGAGGAAUGUUCCACCACCGAGCAUCCCUACAAGAAGCCCUACAUGGAAACUUCACCAGCGGAAGAGGAUCCUUUCUACAGGUCCAGUUACCCCCAGCAACAGGGACUGAACACUUCGUACAGGACUGAAUCAGCCCAGCGCCAGGCAUGUAUGUACGCCAGCUCUGCUCCCCCCACGGACCCCGUGCCCAGCCUGGAAGACAUCAGCUGUAACACGUGGCCCAGCGUGCCGUCCUACAGCAGUUGCACAGUGUCUGCCAUGCAGCCCAUGGACAGGUUACCCUACCAGCAUUUCUCUGCCCACUUCACCUCGGGGCCUCUGAUGCCCCGGCUCAGCAGCGUGGCCAACCACACGUCCCCCCAGAUAGGAGACACCCAUAGCAUGUUCCAGCACCAGACCUCAGUUUCUCACCAACCCAUUGUGCGGCAGUGUGGACCUCAGACCGGCAUCCAGUCUCCCCCCAGCAGCUUGCAGCCUGCAGAGUUCCUCUAUUCCCACGGCGUGCCUCGAACCCUCUCGCCCCACCAGUACCACUCGGUGCACGGUGUGGGCAUGGUGCCAGAGUGGAGCGAGAACAGCUAACGAGGCAGUCGAUGGAAAUGGGAAAAAAAAUAAAACGAAAUGAAAGAAAAAAGUGAAGGGGGAAAUAAGAAAAAAGGAAAGGGAAACAAAACAAAACAAAACAAAAAACCAGCACCCCAUCAAUAACAAAAACGAGAGCGUUUUGCAAGUCUCCUUUAACCGAACGUUCACCGUCAGCACUCGAGAGGGAUGGACGCUGACCGUGCCACUGGUUGGAAGCACGGAUGGAGCACUCAUUGGCCAUGGCACGAUGUGCCCCCCCCGGUGCUUUGGUUCAGAAGGCAAACCCAGCAGAGCGGAGCGCUGCCCCCACGUCCCCCCAGUCUGUGUCGCUGCCACAGCCAUCCCCUGCCUGGCCCUCCCCUGCCCCUCUCCUUCCCAAAGGGACUCGCGACUCCUGCUGCCUUCCUCAACACAGCCAGAGUGCUGGGAUGAAAACAACUAGGAUGUUACCUUUUUUUUUUUUUUUUUUUUUUUUGUGGUGUUGAUGUUGACAAUGUUAUAUAAUAAAUAAUAAUAUAUAUACAUUUUCUUUUCAUUUUCUCAAAAAAACAAAAAACAAAAACAAACAAACAAAAAAAAACCACCAGCCCUUUUUUUCUUUUUUUCUCUCUUUUUUUUCUUUUUAACAUAGGGUGGAGUUUUGAGUGGUGUUCUUUCCUUUUCUUGUUUCCAUUGGUAUGGUCGUCAUAGCUCUUCAUUGGCAAAAGGGUGCUCUGAACUCACAAACAAGAAAGCCAGGCACCUACCUCACCCAGGUGUUGUACUGUGAGUGGGACCACUCCUUCAGAACAUCACAUCCCCAACAUAUGGCCGACGAGCAGCACCUCCCCACCGCUGCCAAUCCCUCAUCCCUCUCCCCUUCCCCAUCAUCUCCCCAUCUCCCGGUCUCUCAGCCCACCAACUGCCCCACAGACAUGGGGUAUCUCCCAGUUGGAAGCACCCACUGCCUGGCUGCUACUGCCUGCCUCUGCAGCUCAUGGAAUGGGCGGAGGGGGAGGAGGGGAGGGGAGUGUGCAGGCAGCGAGGGGAGAAACAGCACUUGGGAAAUUGAUAACCUCGAUAAUUUUAUCA